AUGGCUGAAGAGACCUUCCUUGGAAGAUUGGCUAACCAUCUUCUGCCGCAACCAGUUCCCCCAGUUCGUCCAGCACCAAAGACUCGAGCUUCUAUGUCUCCAUCCUCCGGGGACGUAGCCCAGACCCCCGAGCCAAAAAGCACAGGUGGACUUGCCAGCGUCUUCAAGGUCUUGACUGGCAAUAGGUCGUCCCGCAGCCCAAAUGCCCAGUCUCCAGCUUCAAUAGCCCAGCAGCUCACCGGAGUCAGCGGCUUGUCAUCUACAAUCUAUGGGGGACCCGCGAAUCUUGAGCAAUUGUACGAUCAACUGAAAGCUGGGAAUCCGCUCCCAAGGCGAAUCGCGGCUGCGGAAGCGAUACGUCAUGCUGUUCAGGAUUACCCGCUUAAAGGUAUUACAAGCAUAUUCAAGGAGGGAAAGGACCUUAUCGAACCAGAGAAGCCGCCCGACGCCCGCGCGGCAGGCUUUCAGUUGCUAACGGCAUGCGUUCAAAAUGUGUCCUCCACUGAUCCGGAACGGCUGGCAUACUUCCAAGUUCUCACAGGUCCAACAAACCCCGAAGACUUCCACCUUCAACUAGCAGCUCUUGUGGACUUAGCCAAACAUGGCAAGGAUUUGACGGGCUUUCAUUACCAAGCUAUACCCUUGUUGACCUCGUGGCUGGAGAAAUGCUUCAAGGCCACUGCAACAGCUCGUAGCAAAGCAGGGCGCCAUGGUAGACCGAAAGGCAAGAGCCCACUUGGCGAAGAAACGAAUCUGUCGCUGCUCUUUGCAUUCAUUGUGGACGUCAUCAAAUUCAGCUUCUACGCUUCGAGCGAGGACGUCGCUGGUGAACUCAUCGAUGUGGUCCUGUAUAUAUGCCUGCAUACGCCGCUAUCGAAUGACCUGAAAGCCUGUAUCAACGUUAUUGACGCCAUCAGCACAUACGGCGAGAUACCCGGCGACAAAUUACCCGAGUGUGUCAAGGUUCUGUGUUCAAUCCAUUGCCUUGUUGGGGAAGUCCAGCCAGAAGCAUGGCGCUCUAUCAGCAAUCUAUGCCGCUCGCAUAAUGGCCAGACAACAGUCCGAAUUCUCUUGGACAUACUCCGCGAUCAUCCUGAUGGUAGAGAAAAUAUGAAACAAACCAUCCGUGAGAUUCGUGGAGCGUUGUCUGUGCUAGAAAAAUUGUUUGCAAAAGAUGGCGAAGAUGGAUACCCAUUGGUGCCAUUCACGCUUUUAAUACAGGCUCUUAUGAACGUCACAGCCGUCGAGCACGCCAAAGUUGAUGCGGAUGUGUUGAAGCUCAUUUUAUCGAUGUUCCAGGAGAUCGAUCAUGAGAUCAACAAAAAUGUGAUGGACGAGGAUUGGUCUCUUAUGUUCGACGUCAUCCUCAAAUGCUCACAACGAGCGAUAGAGACACCUGAUGGCCAUGCAAUUGCCAACACCUCUCGUAUGGCUAAACCCUCGGCAAAAGAUGAUACAAAUGAGCAUAAUAUUGCUACCGGCUUAGCACAAACUCUCUAUAGCCUCAUCACUCGCAUCGAAAAACUUUUGGUCAGGUUCUCUGGCGAUGAAUUCUUCCAGAGAGCGGAUUGUAUCAAAUUCUUCGUUCGUACCCAUGCAUAUCUACCUAAAACAUGCGCCAAGUUGGUCAUCGAUUACUUUAUAGAGUAUCGUUGCUGUUACCCUUCAGACUUGGACUGGAUAGAGAAUGUAAAGAUCAUUCUCAACGCGUUCUUUGCAGAUCGGUCUCAACCCACAGAUAUUCGGCUCCAUGCCUUAAAAGCUGUUACAGACGUUUUCAAAGUGGUCGAAAUGAUGGACGAGCGUGACGAUCCGGAUGUCCUCCAGAUGUUUGUGACUUCCAUCCUUGAUGAUAUUGGCGACGAAAAAGAUAUUGCUGUCUUGGAAGAGGCAGUUGCAUUCUCUGUGGCAGUAGCCCAGAAUGCUGAUGACACUCUAUUCGACUAUGUUAUCGGUGCUAUUCGCGCCUCAAUUGCGAGUGACCGACUCCAGUCACCUCUUCAAUCCCCGCCCCCUACCCGACAAGGCUCAGUUAAUUCAGGCAGACCCUCGUCUACAACUGUCCCCACCAACACGGUCCAGACGCCAUCGAAUGUUGUUAUAAAAGGCCUUGUGCAAAUGUUCAUGAGAGCAAUGGAUAACUCGUCGUCCAAAUGCCUUCGUAUAUUUGACGAGCUGCUUACAAUCGCAAAAUCUCACCAUUGUGAAACAGAUGCUCGUAUCUCCGCUUGCAAAAUGCUUUUCCGCUUAAGAGCCGAUUGGGGCAAUAGGAUAUUCUUGGCCCUCUCCACGGAGUCGGAGGGUCUCGCGGCAUCUUUGUAUCGGACGUCAGGAGCUCUCGCCAAAAAGCAGGCCAUGGAUGAAGCCAACCAACACCGAUCAUCUCGGACUGAUGACACGGGAAGCUCUCGUGUAGCACGAAGCACCUCCUUUGGACAAGGAUACCUUACAACGAGGCACGCUAUCCGGGCGGCCAGUGGUGCAAAUAGGGCUCCUCAGCGUAAUCACCACAUGUGGAUGUAUCCAGAUCCAGAUCCGUUACCGGAAGAGAUUUCAGGACGGAGAAACUCAUUAUUGAUUUCUUUCAAUGGGCCCGAAGAGGAGCAAACCAAGAGCGGAGACAGCAAAAUCAGCACGGAAUCCAGUACUGAGCAAACGGCCGAAGUCGAGAGUGCCGAGGCGCCGCCAACUCGAGCAAAGCACACCAGUGUGAACAUUAGCACCUAUUUAGAGACGACCACUCGUCUAUUACAGAAUGGAUGUGACUGGGAGGUUUACAGCUUUAUUCUCGUACACCUGCCGUCUCAAUUGACCAAUCAAGCUUUCUUCAGGGGCGCAAUUCCCCAAAUCAAGACAUUGAGGGAGGUAGUAUGUGACCUAAUCAAGAACAACAACUUCCUGGAACCGCCCUUAUCGUCAGGGCUCCGGAAGUCCGAUGUGGCGAUAUGUCUCUUCCAGAUCUUGAAUAUGCUCCUAAGCUACCACCACCACUUUUCGAAGACUGAUCAGGAUGACAUCGUACGGACAUUCCUACAGGGGAUAGGGUCGACAUGGGAACGAACGGCAAAGAGUUGCAUUCACGCCCUUUCGAUAUGCAGCCAUGAGAUCCCUGGUUCGACGAGCAAGGCCCUGGUCACCAUUCUUCAAAAAAUGUCAACCAUUAUCACGCAGUCCCACGUUGCAGUCCACAUUCUCGAGUACCUAGCAUGUCUUGCAAGAAUGCCUGAUCUUUACGUCAACUUUAGAGAAGAAGAGUACCGGAUUGUCUUUGCGAUUUGUUUUCGCUAUCUCCAAUAUGUGCGAGAUCAACCCACCAAAGAAGUACAUCAGAACCGUAACAGCCAUCCGCAUGCCCGCCCCUCUGCUGCCAUUGUGGACAAUAGCAUAUCCGAAAGUAAUUUCCAGCCAAACACAUCAGAUGAUCUACCUGAGUAUGUGCAUUCUUUGGCCUACCAUGUCAUCAUAUUCUGGUUUCUAUCUCUGAGAUUGACGGACCGAGGUGGUCAAGUAAGCUGGAUUGCAAAAAAUCUGGUAUCCACGGAUAUCUAUGGCAAAGAAAAGAUCGAUGAGCAGGCGCAGGUCACUUUGGAUUUUAUUCAGCGUGUUGCGUACGCCGAUGUUGAUGAGUCGGCUGCCGACCCAACAUUUACGACUGAUCGCUUUGGGGAGAUCUUAAAGAAGAGAUGGAUCGUUGGGCAAAGUAUCGUGACAGUAGAGCAGGCUACACGGGGAGGCUGGGCUCAAAUCACAAAGCGGCAGCCUUCAGGUACUUCCUGCUACAUCAUACGAGAGAAAUUCAACCGGCCUCCGCCUCACCAGAGCCAACAUCCAACUGAUGCCAUAAGAGAUGUUCGGCACUCGGACGCUAAUGUCGUCCUCCCGAGCCACCUCCUUCUCCAGUUAUCUGCUUCAAUCCCUCAGGUCGGCGAAUCUGUGCGUCCAAUCGCUCUUCCCAUGGACGCUAUUGUGGACCGUGCCAUUAAAUCAUUCGAUCGCAACUUUACCGUCGAUGGGCAUAAGGUCGGGGUCGUCUACAUCGGUGAGAAUCAGACGCAAGAAGUCGAUAUUCUGGCGAACAUGACAGGAAGUACCGAUUACACAUACUUUCUUUCCCGGCUUGGAACUCUUACCAAACUGCAAGGUGCCAAGUUCAACACGCAAGGGUUAGACAGAGUCUCCAAUACAGACGGCGAAUAUGCGUUCUGCUGGCGUGAUCGCGUUACGGAGAUUGUUUUCCACGUCACUACACAAAUGCCAACCAAUCUAGCGAAUGACCCUCAGUGUAUUGGAAAGAAGCGACACAUUGGAAAUGACUAUGUCAAUAUCAUAUUCAAUAAUUCCGGGCUUCCAUUUCGAUUCGACACUUUCCCCUCGGAAUUUAAUUAUGUCAACAUCGUCAUCACGCCUGAGUCUCAAGCUUCGUUUCUUGCCAUGCGGCUUCCCUCCGAUCUAGAUGCAAACAAUGCCUUUUACAAGGUUCAAGUUAUGAGUAAACCAGGAUUUCCGGAGAUAUCCCCGGCUGCGGAAACCAAAAUUAUGAGCCUAUCAGCUCUACCAGGCUUUAUCCGCCUCCUCGCGCUGAAUGCGUCGGUUUUUAGUCUGGUGUGGGCAAAUACUGAGGGAGGCGAGCAUAUUUCGUCUUGGCGGAAUCGACUUCGCGAGGUUAAUCGACUGCGGGAGAAGUACCGACCGAAGCCUACAGCUUCAAACCGUCCUUCGCCCCCCGGCACCUCCAAUGGUGUUGCUCAGGAAUCGCGGAAUGUGCGAGAUAGCAUCAACAGCCUUCGCCGUUCUUCAGUUGCGAACUUCUUGACAAACGCGAGCGAGUCGAGCUCACAGCGGUCAUCGGUUCUGUCGACAGCAGAGACGGAAGUUGGGCCGGGAACUACUGGGGAGAGCAUUGUAGAUAGUCUCGAUUUCUCCAGGUGGGCGUAA